AUUUUUGCCUUUUGAUAUACUGUAGUGCAUCCGUAUCUUUUUUUCUUAUAUAUCUUGCCUAUCUCGAUACGAUAAGAACAGCAUUUGGGCGUUGCUUACUAAUACACGAUCCCGUCACCUGACCCAUAUCGUGGACAUCAACCCGGUACGGUAGGUAGCUAUCCACGUAGCUUAUCUGGCAGCCAGCAUAAACCACGCCAUAUACGAGCAGAGGCGGCUUUUUGUUGAGUUCGCAGUAUAGACGCACGCCUAUUAUCUAUUUUAUUGAGUGGUUAAGGCAGACAGCAACCAGGAUGGGUUUCAUCUCUCGCGUAGCCACCCUCUUCGGGCUGGUGCUGCUCGCUCACGCAGCAUACUCCGCCCACGAACACACCACCCUCUACAGCAACGCGCGACUCCCAACCUCGACAGCCCUCCCGCACGAUAUCGUGAUCGAAGCCCUCGUUUCCAUCGUCUUCGUGUCUGUGGGCUUGGUCCUCGGCGCGGAGAAGCUCAAGCCUGUUAGUUGGAGCGAGUGGGCGGGGCAGAUUGAGCGUGAGGGGGGCGCGAGGAAUCCGUUUCGCAGGCUGGAGGAGCGGUAUAGUUUUUGGGAUGUGCGGGCUAAGCGGAAGGAGUUUGCUGAGUGGAUGAAGGGGGGUGUUCCUAUGGAGAAGUGAGGGUGAAAUGUGGUGGAUGGAUGGAUACUGGGUGUCGAUAUGUGGCUCAGCGUCUUUCCCGACUUGCGGGCUGGUGGUGACGCUGUGAUGUACAGUAUCUUUUGGGUUAUGGAAUAAAAGUUGACUGUCGUCUCUGUCUGUGGAUUGUAUGCUUGGAUGCGGCGAUACUGUCCGCCAUCGAGAUACUGCGCUGUAUCAGACCGCUUGUCUACGAUCGCCGUUUAGAUGUCUGCGUUUACCUGCUAGUAAUGUUGAUAGGGAUUGUGAAGCUCAGGUGCACUGGGUUCAACCCCUGCUUUCUUCAAUGCGUGUGAUGGGC